CCAACAUCGAGUCUGUUCUGCAAUUGAAUUUUUCGUGUGCUCCCAAUGAUCCCGAAUGUCUUUUGUAAUUGAUGGUGAUCCUUGACUGCUGAUUUCUCCCCUACCUUUCCGAUUUCUCCCAUUGACUUUCUGAACGGCCUUUACCUGCAGCCGUCGGCCAUCGUGGGUCUAGGUCUACCCCGUAUCGUGUCGUAUCGCUGGAAGCUGAGCUGUGCGGUCGCCCCGGCAUCCAGGUCGUCGUCAAUACAGCCCAACCACCACGCAAACAAGGCUGCCACUACACUGCACUGCACUGCACUACCAGUAUUCAAUCUGGCUCCUGAAAUUCCCAUUCCCAUGUCCCAUUGCCCCUUAACAACUCGACCUCAGACUUGUAACCAAAUUGAACCCCGCCAAUCCGAUCUUCGUCUUCCCGGUACGAGCGUGAGCACGAACACCGACGACGUCAGAAUAGCUCUAUUUAUAUUAGAGUUAGGGGUCAAGGCAUCAGACCUGAGACGGGACGAACCUCUACCUCCAACGGAGCUAUUCGAAUGAUAUGACCGCUGGGUCCAAUUGCCACAUUCCUCGCUUCUAAUCGAUUAUCGACCAACACACUCGCUACUCAACCAAGUUUAUAAUGUAUGUGUCGGGAGCGGAACGGCGGCAAGAAGCUACACCAACUACACCAUCAGAGGCGGGGAACAGCAACACCAACAGCAAUGGGCCAACAACAGAUGCAGCAUUCACCCUCAGCCCAACGUCGACCGACCUUGGGUCGUUGUCUACGGCUUCAGUACAGACGGCUGAACCAGAGCCCACCAAGGCGCAUGCCUCCGAUUCGAGUGAUUCAGACAGUCAAGCUAUGACGAUUGCUCCGGUGAGUUCAUUCUAGGUCCAACACUAUCAAUUUGGUGUAACCAAGCAUCCAAUGUGCAAACUAGUCUAAUAGAAGAUUUACAGGUCCUCAUUGGCAUACUUGCAGCUAUUCUCGCCCUAAUAUUUGCAUACUUCCUCAUUCGCCGUGCCCGAUUAAAGCACAAGAAUCCGAAAUAUGUUCCAACCCCAUAUCUCAAGAACGCCUGGAAGAAAUGGGACCCGCAAUCGUCCAGGACACGUCGGCGAUUGCCAGAUAGAAACGAGCACCUCGAAUCCGUAUUGAAUAAUGGAUCUUUGAGAGGUGGUGGACCUCCUUCGACAUUCAAUUCAGCUGCGCGCACAGCCGGAGGGGUGGAUAGAAAUACUUCCGUGAGAUCAGUCAUGACUUUACCAGCAUACAACCCGAAUCCACAUCAUAGUGAACAAGUGCUGGGGCGAGAAGGAGAGCGUGGGGGUAUAGAUACGGUAGUCGAAUUUCCCGAGACAGUGGAUGAUGAGGAGCGCUUGAGAGAAGAAGAAAUGGAGGCCCUCUAUCAAGUAAGACUUGCAAGAAGACGAGAUAACGAGGAACGAGAAGAACGUCGGAGACUAAGGCGGGAAGCGAGAGAGCGGGGAGAUCAUGUUGCGCUACGAGAGCUGCAAGAAAGUGCAAGAACUGGUUCAGCUACCAGUCAUAACGGGCGAACUGUGGAGGAAUUACGAGCUGAGCACGAACGAAUAAAGAAUGAACGUGCGAAAGCAGUGUCUGCGGUGGCAUACGGAGACUUGGGAGUUGCAAGACAUGAUGGAACGAGGUUACGGGCAAAUAGUAUUGAGAGUGAAAGGGAAGGGCUACUUGGUGAUGUUGCAAGUAUUGCAGCGAGCAGCCAUUAUCAUCGAAGAGAGCGAAGCGCAAGUUCAGUUAUCAGUCUGGAUACUACGAACAAUGAAUUCGCAUCCCCCGGAUUACCACGACCGCGAUCGAAUUCGAGACCAGACAGUCCGUUUGCACAAGUAAGAAGACCGAGUCGUGAUGGAAGUAUAGCGCACGAGGGAAGAGCUGGCAGCAGUCCCGAGAUGAUCGAACACGAUGACAUCCCUCCAAGCAGUCCCCCAGAAUACGAGAACAUUCCUCUGGAAACCACACCAUCUGAAUCUCCCAACGAACCCCCGCCAGAUUACACCAGUCCCAUAACUGCAAGCGGAGAACACAGAUCAAUGUUUGAAGCGAGCGAUAGUCACGGAAGUCCCACAAAUGCCCAAGAAAGAAGGACCAGUACAUCGAGUGCGCAAGAAAGAAGAGCCAGCAGCUCGAGUAAACCAAUCCUGUCAUCUCCCGAGCGUUCCCUGCAAGAAGAACGACCAGGCUCGUCCUCACGGGGAGUAGGCGGUGUCCCCCAACUCCCAAGUCUGAGACUCGCCAAGCUUCCGUCCAUCCAAAUCGAUCCCUCAAGCCCGACGGUAGAGACGAUACAAGAGGAAGCUACAGCUCCGACCAGCCACCCUCGAUGAUUCUGGAUCUAGAUACCAGACCAUAAAUAACGACAUGAACAUUUUUGGAUCGAACUGUCGAACAUCUAUUUUGGUCUAUGAUUUAUGACGCUUUUUUCUGUGGGUAUUAUAUAAGAGGAUGAUGGGAGGAUAUAUAUGAUCUGAUUUUUUUUUUCUAUACUGCUUUAAAAAUCGUUUUUGCUGCAUUGUUGGGCGAGAUGUAUUUAUGACGUAAUACCCUCUUUUGUCUUUUUUUAUUGGUUUCGCUCUCUUUUUUUGCUCUUGGAUAUACGGUAUUUAUAUUGUGUAAUGGAUGGGCGGGCGUUUUUGGCGUUGCUGGAGUUGAGUGGUGAUUUCCUGGUUUGUAUAUAAGAUGGAUAAUGAAGGUGGGUGGGGAGAUUGUGAGGUUCAGAGAAAGAAAGGAUGGAUGAGUGGUGGUAUUAAUUAUUGAUUUAUAUUGAUAUUAUCAAUUAUUACUCGGUAGUUGGAUAUUUGAAAUGACAAGGUGGAGUUAUAUUUAUACUUAUACUUAUACUUUGUAGUUCUUACUGUAAUGCCUGUUGGCGUGUUAGUACGGAAUUGAAGAAGGC